ACUCCACUUCUGUGGGGGAACUCCUCUGUGGAGAGCUGGUCGUUGGCUUGGUGAGUGAAUACUGACCAGACUUACAGCAGAUCUCCUCCAUAGAAUUAAAACUCCAGCAUAUUUCCUGAAACUGGUUUGGAGAGUGAAUUAUUACCACGUUUGCCCCUCACGCUGAAACUCCCCAAUCCCAUGUACUUGAAGUUCUUGAGAGAGCUCCUGAUCCUAGACUGUAGCCACGGGCCAUACCGAGUCCAGGCAGAGGUCGGUGAGCAACAGAAGCCUCAGAUCAGGAGAGAAAGGAGCAGGGGAGCAGCUGCGAUGGCUUCAGGAAUCCUGGUGAAUGUAAAGGAAGAGGUAACAUGCCCCAUCUGCCUGGAGCUCCUAACAGAACCCAUGAGCCUGGACUGUGGGCACACAUUUUGCCAAGCCUGCAUCACUGCAAACAACAGGGGGUCCAUGAUCGGCCAAGGAAAGAGCAGCUGCCCAGUGUGCAGGAUCACUUACCAGCCUGAGAACCUGCGUCCCAAUCGACAUGUGGCCAACAUUGUGGAGGCCCUUAGGGAGGUCAAGUUGAGCCCACAGGAGGAGCAAAAGAGAGAUCUCUGUGUGGACCAUGGAGAAAAACUCCUGCUUUUCUGCAACGAAGAUAAGAAAAUCAUUUGCUGGCUUUGCGAGCGGUCUCGAGAGCACCGUGGUCAUCAAAUAUUCCUCAUGGAGGAGAUUGCCCAGAAGAAUAAGGAAAAGCUCCAGGCAGCUCUGGACAGGCUGAGGGCAGAGCAGCAGGAAGCUGAAAAAUUGGAUGAUAACCUUGAAGAAGAGAGAACUUCCAGGAAGGAUCAAAUAGAACAUGAGCUGAAAAGGGUCCAGGAUUGUUUUAAACAACUGAGAGGUAUCCUGGCCAGUGAGGAGCAAAAGGAGCUGCAAAGCCUGAAGAAGGAGGCGGCAGAGAAUCUUGAUGACCUGGCUCAGGCUGAGGGUGAGCUGGCCCAGCAGAAGAAGUUGCUGAGAGAUCUCAUCUCAGAUCUGGAGCAUCUGUUGCAGGGGUCAACAGUAGAGAUGCUGCAGGAUGUGAAAGGCAUUAUGGAAAGGAGUAAGACCUUCACUCUGAAGAAGCCAAAAACUCUCUCCAAGAAACAAAGGAGAGUGUUUCAAGCUCCUGACCUGAGAGGGAUGCUACAAGUGUUUAAUGAACUGACAGGUGUGCGACGCUACUGGGUACACGUGACCCUGGAUCCUCCCACGAAUAAAUCAAAUAUUGUCAUUUCUGCGGAUCGGAGACAAGUGAGACCUUCCCGUUUUUCUUGUUUUUUUGGAGGUGAUAAUAUGGAUUUUGGUGUCCUGGGAUCACCUUCUAUCACAUCAGGGAAGCAUUACUGGGAGGUGGAUGUGUCACAGAAACGUGCCUGGAUUAUGGGGGUAUAUGGAGAAAAUUACCGUGACUCCAUUAUAAUGGAUUUUAUAAAACUAGUUAACAAUAGUCAGCCUAUUUGCUCUAGAUUUAAACCUAAAUAUGGCUACUGGGUUAUAGGGCUACAGAACCAUUCUGAAUAUAAGGCUUUUGUGGAUUCUGCCUCCUCUGACUCCACGACAUUAACCUUGUACCUGAGUGUUCCUCCCCGUCGUGUUGGGGUUUUCCUAGACUAUGAUGCUGGCACUGUCUCAUUUUUUAAUGUCACUAACCAUGGGUUUCUCAUCUAUAAAUUCUCUUCAUGUUCCUUUUCUCAGAAAAUGUUUCCAUAUUUCAAUCCUAUGAAAUGCUCUGCCCCCAUGACACUGUGUUCUCAAGGCUCUUAAACCUCUUACACCUUCACCCACUUCUCUGGAAUGCCUCUUGCCAUGGGUGCAUCUAAUGAGCUGAGCGCACCUGCACUGUUCUCACUAUCUUUUCCGGGCUUUUUUUUUUUUUUUUUCUUUUCCCAUUUGAACACCCUUCAUUAAUCAAUAGGGUGUACAAUUUGCCUCGUGCCAUAUUUUUCCCAAAAUAUUAUUUGCAUUCAUAGACAAUCCUAAUUCAUCAGUCUUAUCAUCUCAAGGAAAAUGACUAAUGCCUCAUAAAAAAAAGACAUGUAUGGAGGUAACAUCUCCACCAAGUUCUACAAUCUCAUGUCCUCUGCCACUGACUGAGAAGAAGAAGGAAAGCUUUUCAACAACUUUUACUGAAGACUUGAAUAGAAGUCAUUCACUUCAGACUGAAUCCUCAGAGGCCUGUCUGUCUAUUUACCCAUGAUGUUUGUUAUUCAUCAAGGAGUGAAGAAGAAAAUAUUAAAUAUGGGUUUUUAAUUGAUUUCUUAGAGAGAGAGGAAGGGAGAGGUAGAGAGAGAUAGAAACAUUAAUGAGAGAAAAACAUUAAAGGGCUGCCUCCUGCAUGUUGCCUACUGGGGAUUGACCUUGUGUCCAGGAAAUGUGCCCUGACUGGGAAUGGCACCAGCAGCCUCUUGGUGCACAAGUCAAUGCUCAACCACUGAGCAACAUCAGCCAGGCAAUAAGAAAAUAUCAUAAAUAAUAUGUACUAAGUGUGUAAGUUCUGUGUCCUCAUUUCUGAGUUCAUGUCCAAUUUCUCCAAAUAUGCACAGUGAAUUUUGAAUAAAAUACCUGAAUGUCAAUUUGUUUUCUUUAAAAAAUCCUGGUAAUAAAACCAUACCAUAGUUCGUAGCACUGUGA